AUGGCCGUUGCAGCGCUGCUUUCUGCUGUCCGAGAGCUCGCGUCCAAAUAUAUCUGGCCCCGUCAGCCCGUGUCGCAGCUCUGCGAGCCAGGCGCAAUCUGCGCGUCUCAAGACAAGACUCAACCGGCCCCUGCCUCCCAGACUAGCACGAGUCUUGCCUCCUGGGCUGUUUGGCUGCUCAGCUGGCUACGCGCCACAACGGCUGCCAUGCGGUCAGAGGCCCUCAUCGAGCUGUUUCGAAACGGCUUUUCCUUCAUUUCCGAGCGGCUCCUAAGCCACGCGUCCACCGACGAGAACCCCCUGGAAACCACUUCUCAGAUAGCCCUCACAGUCGACCGCAUAAAACCUCCGCUACCCUCCUCCUCGGACAGCUCUCCCUCCUCGUCCGCCCCCCUCUCCUCCCUCUUUCGCAAUCCCGACUACGAGACCGUCUGGCGCGAUGACGUACACGAAUACAUCACACCGGCCGGCUUUGAGGCGGUCGCCUCUUUACUGCGUGCAUGGGGCGAUGACAUCGCGGCGGAAAACAUUUCGCGCUGUCGGGAGUCGGGGCCCAUAGCCGGACGGUUCGAUGGCGGCAGCCGUGGGGAGACGCGACUCUCGGUCGUCAUACACAACCUGAUGCUGGACCUCUAUGGCUACAACACGGAACAGGCGUGGCAAGAGACGGUGGCCGAGCUGCUGAAGGAUCUUGAGGCCGCCUCAACGUGGAUCGAAGUUUUUUACGCGCCCGAGAACCUGGAGGCGAUGAAGAUUGAAGGCGUCGUUCCGUACGGGCAGCUGAGCGCGUCUGUUCAGCAGUACUGGGGCCACGGUUGCGGGCUCUGCGAACUGGCUGGAUUCUUUUCCUUUUCAAUCCUGCAGACGGACCAAUGGGGCCACCCGGGCAUGCACCUCUCGCAGGUGUCGAUGAUGAAGAUGCUCGUCGACCUGGAGUCCCUUCACCACCACCGACCGAUACUGAGCUUUGUACGGAUCGAGAAGGAGGGCCGGCCGCCCGGACACCUUUACGACGACGGCGGGGCGGUUCUGGAGGCCGUGACGGCAAAGCAGCUGCACGAUGUCUGGCGCUACAGGAUAGACGCUUCUACGAGCAGCGAGCAGGCACGGCCUCGACAGCCAUGUUGCCUACAUGCUAGCGGUGGCGUGGAGCGGCUCUCGGAGGCGGCCAUCCGUCGCGCAAGGAUGGUGAGCGCGGCCGCAGCAUCGAUCAAGGCGGCACGACGCUGCACAGACGGCAGCCGGCCGAUGCGGGUGGCACCAUCACAGUCGCUGCUCGCUGCUCGAUACCGAAGGACGUCGGGCUCUUCCAGCAUCUCGGCGCACGAUGGGCCAACUGUCCGCAAGACGUAUCCGAUACCGGCCAAGCGCAAGGCAGUCACGGCCUCAGCAGACCCGAGGCAUUUCAAGCGUGGCCGUGUGAUCAAGGAGCUGGCGGCCGAAAUCGAGAGGGACAGGGCCGCAGAGGUGGCUGCUGCUGCUGCGAUACCAUUGCCACCAUCACCGGCAGCAACGGAGCUAAGCUUUGAAGAAGGCGAGGAGAAGGGCGAGGCUGUCGAUGUAGACGUGGAAGACGGCGAGCGACACCGGCUUCCGUGGGAGAGCAUGUUUCCGCUGGACGAAGAGGACGGGCCGCGACUGAAGAUCAGCAAGUCCAAGGCAGAGGAGCUGCGGCUGAUUGCCGAGCAGAAACGGGCGGCCUUGCUGGAGGCGCGGCGCAAGCGAGAGGAGGAGCAGCGACGAAAAGAAGAGCUGCGGCGACGGAAAGAAGAAGAAGAGCGGCUGGCGCGAUCGGGACUGCGUCCGCCGACAAGACCGGUGAUCCCACCGCUGUCAGAGUCAUGGUACGCACGGGUGAACGCGACGGUGCGAGCAGAUCCUCGGAGGGAGGUGGCGCGGUCGCCCGAGGGAACAGCUCUCAAGAGCUCCGACUUCUGCACGGUGGUCAGCAAGUCGGAGUGGCUCAACGACGAGAUCGUCAACGGUUUCCUGCUGCACUUGGCCAACUACAUCAACGCCAAGGCAGGCAUUAUGAACGUCAAGACGCAGACGCCACGCUGCCACGCCUUCACGUCCUUCUUCUGGAAGUCGCUCUCGACCAAGGGUGCAGCCGGGACAGAGCGCUGGAUGAAGCGAGUCGGCGUGACGCGCGACAACUUUCUGAGCAUCGAGACGAUCCUGAUCCCGAUCUGCGAGCGCAACCACUGGACCCUGGUGGUGGUGCGGCCGCGCCAGGCCACAGUGACGCACAUGGACUCGAUGGGCAGCGUUGCGGGCAGGCGGCCGGUCCUCGACAUUGUCAUGUGUUGGGUGCGUGACUUUCUGCAGGACAGGCACUCGGACCGGUGGCGGAUGCAGCCGCUGGUGUCACCGCGCCAGACAAACGGAUGGGACUGCGGCGUGCACACAGUCACCAACGCGCUGUUCGUGGCCCUGGGCUUGGAUCCGUCCUUCUACGGCGCCAAGGAGAUGCCGCUGCAGCGCGACCGGAUCGCGGCCACGCUGAUCAACGGCGGCUUCUUUGGCGACCUGGACCUGGCUGGGCUGUGA